AUUGGCUCGUCCAUGUGUCCGUCACACCAGUUUACGGAAGUGUAAACACCCACCACAAAGAUGGAGGACGAUAUUUCAGACUUGAGCAGACCGCAAAUGUACUUGUUUGGUUGUACCUUGAAAUCGGACAAACGGGAGUUCAAAGUUGACGUUGACGACGAUGAUACGGAGCAACAGCUGUCACUCAAAGCAGCGUGUCUGGGAGCCGAGGCGGAGGAUAAGUUCCACAUGGUGGAAGUCGAGGGCCUCACUUAUGAUGGGAAGACAACCAAAGUGCCGCUGGUUGUCCUGAAGCCGUCCGUCCUUCCCUCUAUGAGUUUAGGUGGAUUUGAGAUCACACCUCCAGUUACCUUCCGUCUCCAGUCAGGCUCUGGACCAGUUCACAUCAGCGGACAGCAUUUUGUUAGUGUGAAGGAUUCAGAUGAUGAAGAGGAGGAGAACAACUCAUCACCGGUGAAGCGGCCUGCAAGCCUGAUGUCAGGGAAGAAGCCUCUAUUGAAAAAACUAAAGAUGGAUUCUGACGACGACGAAGAAGACAGCGAUGAGGAUGAUGACGAUGACGACGACGACGAUGAUGACAGUGAUGAAAAUGAUGUGAAGCCUCAGAAGAAUGUCGGAAAAGAGCUCAAAAAAAGUCCAGAGUCUUUGGUUAAGAAGCCCAACAAAACUCCAGUGAAACAAAACGGCCCUGCAGGAAAACCAUCAGGAUCAGCCGCCAAAACGCAGAUUAAGACACCUGCCCCAGGAAAAGACAAACCCCAGGCUGGGCCGUCUAAAUCUCCGUCUCUGGCUGAGAUUAGGAGCAAGUUGUCAACGGCAGCCAAGGAGGGAAAAACUCUACCGAAGACGGAGCAGAAGUUUGAGAAUUUUGUGAGGAGUUCUUUUAAAAUAUCAGACAAAAAAGUGGUCAAGGACCUCUGGAGUUUUGUACAAACACUGAAGAUUGAGAAGAAGUAACAAUCCUUGUACUUUGAAGCAUUUCUAUGUUUUGCAUCCUGCAAGACAUUUAAAGGCACAGUCGGCGAUUUCCUACUCAGCCUUAUCUUGUCAGAAUAGCAAACUAUGACUCGGAGUGAUCAGAAGGACUGAGCGCUGAAAUUGGUUUAAAGCCAUUGAUGUUUAGAUUCAGGUGUCAUUGUUCUUUUUAGAUGCGAAGCACAUCAUGGAGCUGGUUCGUAAUUCGCUCAUAAACUCACUCAUCCACAUUUAGCAGAACGGAGACGCUGUCCACGUCAUCGCCUGCCAAUCUGCACCACCUAUAGGAGAGGAAAGUAAUAGCAAUCCACUGAUUAUGACUUGCGGAUGUUUAUGUUGGUUCUUUAUGGAAAGAAAUAGCCGCUGCAGUUUUGAUACUUGCGCCACCUGCAGGCAAUAAAUGUUGCACCUGCGGAUUUUUAUAGUCGCAAUAAAUAACAGUUAUGUAAAUUAUUAGGUAACAACAAAGUUUAGAAUUCAAAUGUUCAGAGCUUAAGACAGGACAGAGAACCUAGUUAACUUAGUCAUUGCUCAUUUGUUUUCUUUUUUAUGUUUUGCACAGAACAGCUGUGUGUCAGGUUCUUAACAGUAUCUUUUUUUUUUGUACAAAGAGUCUCCAAACAUGAACAUUUUCAAAUUGUACCCACAAGGGCUCUAACAUGUAAAAUAAAAAUCCUCAAACAGUUGCUAUAAAAUUGAAAGCAACUGCAGAUGUAACAUCCACUGUCAAAUAACAGAAGCUAUUCCUUUCCUUGCCGGUAGAUAGUGAAACCAGCAUGGCUACGUCUUACUCUCUUUGCCUGUUGGUGGUGCACGUUGGAUCGGGACCGCAGGUUUGAAGCUGCUGAUGCUGCAGCUCUUCGAUUUGAUGAUAUCGGCUGAGCCUGAUUUCAGGUGCUUCGCAUCCGUGACACUGUGUGUCCUUCUUAAAGUCAAUAAUGCAAUAGGAAAUAUUGCAGAAUGUGCCUUUAAAUAUGUCUACUGUAAACUGAGAGAAAUCAGUCCCAUUUUGUGUGAAUUUCAUUAGUAUGUACAAGGACGGUUGAGACAGCUGAUACAGGGGGCAGUUUGACAAUUUUCAGUCAUCAGACAGUGACAGUAUAUAUUUUUCCUCCAAAGUGCGGUUCAAAUAGAAGUUCAGCUUUAUUGUCAUGUGUGUUAAAAAUACAGUGAAAUACUUGUGUUAUGGCUCUUCCCGCCUUAACACAAGGACACACCAUCCCGAACCAUUCCAUGUUUAGCUUGCAAAACAUGCUUACAGAUCGUACUGUGAAUUCGUCUGGCGUAAUUGCGCUACACAUGGACUUGGCCAAUAAAAACCAAACUAAACAGGAACAACAUGAUGGAAAAGAAAAAAAAAACAACAGUAGUAUCUGCAGUUGCUAAUGUUACAUAUCUUUAAAAAUGUAUCUUUUUAGCAAACAAAUGUUCUUCCAGGAGCACACCUGAUAUUUCUGGAUGUCAUUAUUUAUGUUUUCUUAAUGCUUUCAAUACAACUGUAGUUUAUUUUAUACUUGGGUCUAAUUAUUAUCUCAUUUGCAUUUGUAAGAAGUGUGAAUGCAUAUCAAGCCCAUUAAUAUCUGUCAUAACCUGAGAAGGGCAUUCAUUACAGUGAUAAUAGCCAAAAUCUGUCUGAGUUCAGUACGCAAAACAUUGUCAAAAGUUCUAUAAAAGAGUUCUAUAAAACCAACACAUGUCCUGACUUUAAAGUAAUAUACAUUACAUGCAAAAAGUUAAAAGCAAGGAGAGGAAAUUAACUAGCUCCAGCAGUACAUUUACAAGUUGGCACAAACACAAUUUCCAGUGUAUUUCAAUGUACUUUGUUGCACUAAAACCAGAAGAAUACAAGCCUAUGACUAACACAGAUGUUUAUUACAGUAUAAUCAUAAGGUAUAUAUCAGACAAUUACAUUAAAGUAAUAUGACGUCACAUUUACAGACACCCCGUAAAGUACUCAACCUCAUAAUUGUUUGCACUCUUUUAAAAAAUCAGUACUCUGAUGACAAUAAGCAUGCACUCGCUCUGUGCUUAUAAUGUGUUUAUGAUCCUGUAUAAUGCCUUUUAUGAGCCAUAUGUUGGCAGUCGGACGCCAUCUUUAAUCGGACUGCUCGGUUCAACCUUCCCGUUGUCUGUAAAGGGCAUUUGAAAUUCAUUAGCUGUAAACUUUCCCGCUUCAAAUGAUUUAGAUAAUUAAAGUCGUCUUGUUAAUUUACCUAAAUCUAGAUAUUAAAUUUAAAGUAUCUCCUCAUGGUAGCGAGUAGGAGCAGGUAAUCAGCCCUUAAUUUUUGGCUUGCGUAUGUCCUUUAGAGUCCUUAAUUAAUAAUUUUUAAAAAAUCCUUCCCCUGUAUCAACUUAAUUAAUUUUUCUGUAAAUAUUUCUCUUGCUUAUAUUUACAAGUACGGCAGCUGAACAAUUAUAUUUUUAAGUGUAUGUUUAAUCCGCCCUUGCUUGUAGCUGGUUUUGCAGCUCGGAUCUGUUCUCAUGAUUUUUAUUGUGUUGAUGUUAGAAGUCUUUAAUGUUCAAUUUAAGUCGCGUUAUGAAAUGUUUGAAAUACUGUUCUGUUUUUUUGUUCAUUUUUAGUUUUAGCUUUGCUCUCUGUCGCUCUGCAUCAUCUUUAGUCAGUCUUUUGAUUCUGUACUGAGUAAAACUGAAGCCCCGGAUAUGUUCAAGUAAAAGAAUGUGAUAUUUUGUUGAUAACUGUGUGUUUAAGGCUCAGAUUGUUUUGUUUAUAAUUUUUAGUAAUACAGAAUAAAAUGUUCAAUCUCAAAAAAUACAGUCGGCAGCAAACACUUCCGUCAUUGUUUGGUGGUAGAUUAAUUAUUUUUAAUCUGUUCACAUUGCUGCUACAAUGCUUAGAUGUCCAAAUUAGAGCAUUAUUAAGUUGUUAUUGUGUGUUCUGGACUUUUGAUUUUGACUGAUAAAUCCAAAAAAACAGAGCAAGUGUCUGCUGUUAUAUCAGACUAAAGUUCUGAGAUUUCUUUAAAAUAUAUACUGUAUACAGUAGAGCUUGAUUCAUGAUUUUAAGUCGUUAUUAUAAAGAGAAAAAAAGCCCAAAUUCUUUGGUUCCAGCCUCUCAAAUGAAUAUACAAAUUAAUAUUUUCUGGUUCCUUUAGUCUUAUAUGAUCGUAAACUGAAUACCUUUGGAUCGUUGACUGUUUUGGGAGACAGUGAUUGACACUUUUCACCGUUUUAUAAUUUUAAGACCAACUGACAAAUCGAGGAAAUAAUUGACAGAUUAACUGAUAGUGAAAAUAAUCGUCAGUUGCACAUUAGUAUACAGUAAUCGCUCCAGUGACCCCCAUAAUUUCUCCUUGUGUCAGUGACCUGAAUACCUACUGUAAAACAUAAGUAUGUAGUGAGAGGUGUCUUUGAUGCAAAUUUAAAAGAAACAAAUAUGCUGCAUAUGUCAAUGCGUAUGAAAUUGUAACACUGUAGUCAAAUCUGAGCUGGUAGGAGUAGAUGACGGCUUGACUGAUUCGAUGUGUGUUGAAAGAAAGUGCAUUUUAGUCAUUUAGUUUGUUGAUUAGUUAAUGCAUGACUGCUGAUGGUGGCUAUUUGUUCAUUUAUGGUUUGUUAAGAUGAACAUAUCCAUCCUUCUUUUUUUUUUUUUUUUUUUAAACCAGUCUGUAACAUUUACCCGAAUAAAGUGAAUCUUAGCUGGUUUUGAGUCACACAUCUUGGACUGUUUACUGUAGACCAGGGCAAAAUGUUAGUCAUGGUAUUACAUGGAAUUCACCAUUAAAGCAAAGUGAUACAUCCA